UGUCGCACCGGGAGCCGCCGCCAUGUCGCCGCCGCCGCCGCCCGGCCGCCCCCGCCUCAGCCUGGCGCUGGCGCUGCUGGCGCUGGUGGGCCCGGCGCGGCCGAUCUCCUUCCAGCUGCCGGGCAAGGCGCGCAAGUGCCUGCGCGAGGAGAUUCACCGCGACACGCUGGUCACCGGCGAGUACGAGAUCGGCGCGCCGCCGGGCUCCUCCGCCGGCCCCUCCGCCAACCUCAAGAUAACUGACUCAGCUGGACACAUCCUAUAUGCCAAGGAAGAUGCCACUAAAGGCAAGUUUGCCUUCACCACUGAAGACUAUGAUAUGUUUGAGGCCUGCUUUGAGAGCAAACUUCCUGUGGGAACAGGGAGGAUGCCGGACCAGCUCGUGAUUCUGGAUAUGAAGCAUGGAGUUGAAGCAAAGAACUAUGAGGAGAUUGCUAAAGUGGAAAAGCUGAAGCCUCUGGAAGUAGAAUUGAGGCGCCUAGAAGAUCUUUCAGAGUCCAUUGUUAAUGACUUUGCCUAUAUGAAGAAACGAGAAGAGGAGAUGAGGGACACUAAUGAGUCAACAAACACCCGGGUUCUGUACUUCAGCAUUUUCUCCAUGUGCUGUCUCAUUGGACUGGCCACCUGGCAGGUCUUCUACCUGCGUCGCUUCUUCAAGGCCAAGAAACUGAUUGAGUAAAGGAGCAAGGCCUCCUCCCCCUCCUUUCAGACCCAGCUGGACACCGCUGGGAUCCAGCCGUGGCCCUCUGGAGCCAUCUCGUGGAUGAUACCCACUGACUGGAACUUUACUGCAGGAACUUGGCCCCUAAAGGGGGAGGGGAGCAUAGACAUUGGAGGCAAUUGGGGACUUCUAAAAUCCUAUUGGAUGUUGAGGGUGGGGGAGGUUGUGAUGGGUCUGGGGGUUCCUGGGGCAGCGAUUAAAUAAAAAUGAUGUUUCCGUGACAGCUGCAGCAAGUUUUUGCGCUGUCUGUUCUCCAUUUAUAAUCCUGGCUUGAUGAUGUCUCCCAUCUGUCUGUGACUGCAGUGUUACUCUGAGCCACUUGAUCCUGCUGAGCUCAUUAGGUGCGAUGCAGCUAGCACUGGGGCAGAGCAGGGGAUUCCCUGUUCUGGCCAGCUGGGAUCCAAGCCUCAUGCAGACAGAGGUCAGCGCAAAGCAAUAGGAUUCAUCAUUCCAGCAGGGCCUGAGGAUAGAGGGAGGUCCAAGGGUUGGUACCUGUCGUGGACCUUGGUGUUUCUCCCUGUGGGAGCUGAAAUCUUUGUGCUGAUGGUCCAGGCACUUGACUGUGUGGCAGUUCAGCCUGGAGGAAGGGAUGCCUUGGAAGGAGAGCUUACUAACAUUUUGAGCUUGGAGAGGAGAAGCCUGUCCUGCUCAGAUAAUCUGUCCAGCCUUGAUGUCACCCUUGCUCCAUGUGUUUUUCUUGGAUUUGCCUCUCCUGUUCUGAAAUGAUGGAGCAGUCUCCCUGAAAACCUUGGUCAGUGACAGCCUUCUGCAAUGCAGACAGGAGGCAUCAGUCAGAUACAGUCACAGUGCAAACAGGAGCAGGUUGGGCUAGGAAACUUUGUCUUGCAUUGAGUACGAGACUUUUCUCACCUAACCCUGUAGAGUUUAUUCAGCAGACAACUGGCUGAAUCUCCCUCUUGAGACCUCAAAGCAAGGAAUGCUUUUGCUGUGUGAAGCAUGAAGGCCUGUACGCUGCUUUGAGGUCUGGAGUUGCAAGAGGGGCUUUGCAGGUUAGCAGAGGAUGUGUUGGAAGUAUGUGGAUGAACUAGAAAGCAGUACACAGUAGGAACAGGCUAAAGCUGCAUCUAUGGGGCAACUGAGCUGUGCCAUCAGCAGAACUAUUGUUCUCCUAUGUGGUAUUACAGAGAGCAAGUGGACUCUCGCAGGUUCUUAGCCGUCCAGAUGGCAUUGUGUCAAAUAGUCUAGGCUGUUUAAAAAAAAGGUGGUGGGCAGGUUAAUUGCCUGAAUUUACAUGCUGCAGUGAUUAAAAUUCUUUCACCUUCUCUGUGUUCCUUCAGAGCAAAUGGUUCAGCAGCACAGCAUCGUGGAUUGUGUCUAGACCAUUCUGGCUAGGGAAAGGGUUGUCAUGGCCCUGGGCCCAGCCUACCAUUUUUGAAAAAAAAAAGCAUAUGUUCAUAAUUUCUAACCUGAAUCUGAUCUGUUGUUGGGAGGGAAACGGUUGUUCGGGGCGAGGCAAUGAGAAAGAGGGUGAAAACAUGAUCUACUGUCAUCUAAUACGUUAGGACUUUGCACCUCCUUUUCUAUUGCCAAGAUCCUGGAGUUGCUAGUUCCACUGGAAAGUGCUUAUAUUGCUUUUAAUUUGUUUCCUUUUUAACAAAGCCAUAUGAAGAACCCAAGUCCACUCCUCUCCCUCUGCAUCCACUUUGUCCGUGUAAAUUUUUGAGAGCUGUUACAGCACAGAACAGCAGUUACGCCACAAGACUGAAUUGCAAAAGUCACUUGAAGUUAGUUUUUAGGUCCUACAGUUUGAAGCCUGUAGCAGAUCUGUUAAGAUUUUGCUUUAUAUAUAUAUAUAAAUUGAAAAGACAAUACAAGGAGGAGGCUUUCCCUGUCUUGUCUGUUUUGAUAUCCUUUCCCCGACCUUAUCAGAGUACAAAACAGAUCUUUAGGAUAGAAAUGGUGGUGAGGCUUUCAGUUCCCCAGAUGACUGUUGCAGUAUCAUCGUUCUGAUGUUGCUUUUUGACCUUCACUGUACGGGUAUGGUUCAGGGAACAGAUCUGGGGGACUGGUACGGAUUUAUCUGUAAUGACUGUUUGGGGAAUUUUAUCAAUUUUCUCAAAUAAAAUUUCUUUGGGGGAAAAUAA